AUGGCUUUACGGCCGAAGGUUUGUGGAUGGAGUACGCCCGCGCUAAAUCUCCAAUUGUAUUUAAACAUGCCCGGCUUAGCUGAAUUCGUGCGAACCAAGGCACAGUGGCUCCAGAACCCUUCGCCGAGGACUCCGACAAGAUCAACCGACUUGAACGAUGCCGACAACCUCGAGCGUCAUCUUCACGAAGACGGCCACCGCCUUUGGGGCUGGCUCAUCUACCGGUGCACCUAUGCCAGCGACGAGCAAUGGAAGGCCUUUAUGGACCGGCUCAACUUCUACAUUGAUGAAACGCUCGAGUUCCAUGGAGGAAUGGACGUGAAGGCUAGUCUUGACGUAACAGUCAUAGAAAAGCAAGAGCUUUUUGACGGCGCUACGCCUGCAACUGUUCGGUACCAUUUUCGUCAAUGGGCAGAGACGGCGGCAGAGAUUAAACAGGGAAGAGUUCCUGCGCUUUGA